AUGUCAGGAGACCAGCAACCAACUCCAGCUAAGCGUCCCAAAAAGGAGUCUAUCAUCGACCUAACACGCUACCAGGACAAGCUCAUUCGCGUUAAAUUCACUGGUGGCCGGGAGGCCACAGGCGUCUUAAAGGGCUGUGACAACCUACAAAACAUGGUACUUGAUAAUACAAUUGAAUACCUACGAGAUCCUGCGGACCCUUCCCGUCUCACUGAGGACACUCGCGAACUCGGUCUGGUCGUCUGCCGUGGCCCGUCUGUGGAAUUAGUCUGCCCAGCCGAAGGGAUGGAGGUAAUCUCAAAUCCGUUUGUGGAAGCCGAAUAA